AUGGGCGACAAAGACAUCAAGCCCUGCGGAGUCUGGGACGGCGACUUCUCUUGGGAUGGCUACUUCAUGCGAAUGCACAUGAAGACAGUCACCCAGCAAUACGACAUGUACAAUCCCCGCACUUGGCCCUUGGUGAGCCAGGUCAUGGCAACGGAGAACAACAGUGACUACAGGAAGAGCAAGAUCCCUCCGGAGUAUCUGGUUUACGAGCAGACACUCAUCAAGGACAUGGACGGGCUUCGACCUCUUCAAGGCCAGCGGGCCAUUACCCGUCGAAAGAAUCGAGUUAUGAAAAACCUUUUUCGUUACUACCCGCUCAACUAUGAUCGUAACGGCGAAUUGAGAGCGCAUCCACAUAUACCAUCUGACGAACUGAAGGAGUGGGUGAGUCAAGUCAAGAAGAGCAACCCGAUUGCGAAGAAAGAGGAGGACAUCCAGGAUGUGGUAGUCGCCAAUCAUGAGACUGAAGAGGUUACUGAGGAUGACUCGCCCGAAGCAGCAGCGAUCCAUGAGAUCAUGAAGAUGUUGGACGACACAGAUACAGUGCCCAACAGCAGAGUAACUGAACUGGAAGAAGAACUCGACAAAACCAAGAAAGAGAGCUUAGAGGCAGACAUCAGAGCGGAAAGCGCGGAAAAGAAGGUUACUGCAAUGACAGCCAAAUACCAAACGGCUGUUCAAAGAUUCUCCGCCCAGGUUGGAGAGGCGCUCUGCGAGUACAAGGAACAGUCGCACAAGCUUCUUUGCCAAGAGCGCACCAACCUCAGUACCCUGAAAGACAUAUUAGAGAAGAAGGAAGAUGAAAUCGCCAGUCUGCAAUCGGACCUCAAGAAGAGUGGCAAGGAUGUCUUGACAGCGAAACAGGAGACCAAGGUGGCAAAGCAGCAAAUCUUCAAGAUUUUGGAAGAAAUGAAGAAGAAGAAACAGGGUGCAGGUGCGCAGAAGAAGAGGGCGGAGGAGGAUGGGGCAGAAGCAGCACGAAAGAAGCCGAAGAUUGAGAGUUGCGAAAUGCAGUAG